AUGCAGUACAUAAUCGAAACCGGACCGGAUGAAUGCAAGCCCACGAACUUCUCCAAUGCCUUGACAAUCACAAGUAUGGGAGCUGGCUAUCCCUGCGUUGCUGGUGCUUGUAUGGAAGCUCUCGCAAAGUUUCACGAGUUCGCCAAGAAGAACGACUACCGCGAGCCUCACGACAUUUGCAACAGCCCCCUGCAGUAG